AUGUCGGUCGACACUGAGCCCCGCGCUCAACGCGCCAAUACCCAGUCUUCCCCCACCUUCCGUCAGACUGGCUUUUCCGUACCGACCGCCUCGGCUCCAGCAACCAACGAUGUCAAUGCCCUUGCCGUCGCUCAACAUGCGCUUUCACCCAAGAUGCCAUCCUCGAACUCGAGCUUGAAUGCUGCGCUCCAAGCAAGACCAAUCACCCUCUCCAAAGCUGGUCUUCCAGACGAUGGUGAUUCCGACAUGGCCGAAGCUUUGCCCAUUCCCGGCUCUGCAAACAAGUUUGAUCCCGUGAUCAUCAAAUCCCACACCUCGCGUUCUCCCAACGACAUCCCCACCCCUCCCGAUGCACCCUCGCUCGCACCUCACAAAGCAUCACAAUCGCCUCACAGUGCAGCCGUGCGACUACCACCUCUGACCGCCAGCAUGCUCUCGCCACGCUACUCGACCUUGCACGGCUCUAGCAUCUCGAGUGGUCCCACCUCGAUUACCUCCAGCAACUGGUCCCCCAGCAGAAGCACCGACCCACAUCUCUAUUCGAUCUCGGCAGGAAGAAAGUACAGCUACACUUCCUUCAACAAGCCUUCGCUCAGCACCUCGUUCAAGACCUCGGCCAUGCGCAUGCGCGGUCCUGCUCUCGACGAUGACGAAGACGACGAAGACGACAGCUUCGGCAAGCCCGUCUCCCGCUACACACCAGGCUCAGCCACAGCCAUCGAUCGCUCAACAGCAGAGACAGGCAUCGAACUCGAUGGCGACGAGGUCUUUGCCUUCUCCAGCCCUUGCUUUGGUCCCAAAGAGCUGCCAAAUGAUGCCAUCCCUUCCCCCGAGCUUCACGAGCCUGCUUCUCAGGCUGCUGCCAACCCCAACGCCAUCAUGAGCCCCAGCUGGGCCACUGCUUCGCUCGGCAAGCUCUCGCUAGGCGGAAAUGAAGCAAGAGCCUCGCCUGGCUCCACCACUCCACGCAGACCCUCGCGUUCCCAGCAUCAUCAUACCAACGGUGCUCUUUCGUCUUCAGCCGACGUUGCUGCUGCUGCAAUCAAGCAGCGUCGUUACUCGUACAACAAGCACUCACGUCCCUCCUUUGCAUCUCCCGGUCCCAGCAGCUUCACCUACUCUUCCAGCUUCGGCCGCGAUCACCCGUAUGCACGAACGCCCACCUCUUCCAGCUUGACCACCAGCCACCGUAAGCAGUCCAGGUCAAGAUCGAGGUCUCGCUAUGGCACAGAGGACGCCACCAACCGUUCCGUCGCUGCUGUCGACGACGACGAGACCGACGAGGAGAUGCGCAUGGACGACGACGAUGCUACCGAAGACGAGGCCGACUAUGCGUACAGCGCUUCCUACCAGGCUCGCAUGCGUCACAGCCUUGCGUCCAGGGGCGACGCCGCUCUUGGCAGCACGCCCUCUAGCUUUGGUGCCAAUCCCUCGCAUGCAAGCUUGGGUCUCACUUUCCAGAUGAGUCCAGGCCACCCUUCCACGCUCACAAAGGGCCACCCUUUCGACGCCGCGCGUUCACCCGUCAUGUCCAACGCCAACAUCGCCGUCAGCCUCAGCCGACAGUACAGCUCCGACCGUCAUUCCGUAUCUGGUGGCCUCGCACCCCUUCGACACCACCCAUACGCCACCAGCCCGUCGGCUACCACCGGUCCGCUCAGCGCAUCCAUGGGCCUCGCCUAUUCACCUGGUUCCAAUGCACCACUCAACCGCCCAGCACAUCGACGUGGAAGUAGUCUCAGCAACGGUCUGGCCGCUCCUGCCUACUCGGCCGGCGUCCUAUCCACGUCACCACGAUUCGGCAAUGCUGCUGCUUCAGGUCGCAGCCCAGAAGAGGCCAGUGCCGACCGUCUUAGUCAGUCGCCUUACGGCGCUAGCUCGGGUUCCCCAUACGCUGCUGGCGCUCGUGGACUCAACGGAACUGGAAGCUACUACGGCCCUGCCCAGAGCGCCGCGUAUAGCCAGUCUCCUCGCUACUCGCAGAGCUACGGCGCACGCAAAGAUUCGGCCGGAUUUGCAUCGACGCUCGCGUCGCACUUUGAAGGUCACGAACGAUCCGACAGCUUGGCAAGUGAAGCGACCGAGGUCGGAGACGCUUCGCGCACAACCAUGCGCAAGGCAUCGGUGUCGAAAUCAGCUGCAAGUGGCACACGCACGACGAGCAACACGAGCGCAACUGGCAACACAGACGAGACCGCCCAGGUCGCAGCGAUCCGCGACAGGCUGGGCGGUGCCGCCAGCUGCUCGGCGUUUAUCUCGAAGCUAUGGCAUCUCAUGAUCAACCCGGAUCAGUAUAGCAAGUACAUCCGAUGGGACGAGGCGGGAUCGUCCAUCAUCCUCUCGAGCGAACCCGACGUUGCCAACGAGUUUGCCGCCGACGUGCUGCCUCGUCUGUUCAAGCAUGGCAACAAUGCGAGUUUCAUUCGUCAGCUCAACUUGUACGGCUUCCAACGCAUUCCAUCUUCGCGCUUGCUCGAUGCAGCAGAGAUGAAGGUGGCCGCCGCAAAACGUGCCGAGCUCGGCGGCGGUGGAUCCUCGUCAACGCUCAACACGGCGGUGCAACUGUACGGAGCGCACUCUAGCUUUGCGCACCCACGAUUCCUCAGGGGUCGGGAGGAGUUGCUACCCACCAUGAAGCCAAGGUCGAGCAAAAAGCCCAAGAAGGCUGCCAACGGCGCUACGCCGCGCUCGCUCGAAGCCGAUACUUCGCUCGGCGCUGAUGAGACCGACGAGGACGAUUUUGCCUUGUAG